CCGGGGGCAAAGGCACUUUACUUCCGGCAGGAGCGGGCGGUGAGGUAGACGGCCGCGACUACCGCCUGUGUCGGUCCGUUUAAGUCAGGCAUGAAGAUCACGAGGCAGAAACAUGCCAAGAAGCAUCUCGGCUUCUUCCGCAAUAACUUCGGAGUUCGCGAGCCGUACCAGAUCCUGCUGGACGGUACCUUCUGUCAGGCGGCGCUGCGCGGCCGUAUCCAGCUGCGGGAGCAGUUGCCCCGCUACCUCAUGGGGGAGACACAGCUGUGCACCACCAGGUGUGUGUUAAAAGAAUUAGAAACGUUGGGAAAAGACUUAUAUGGGGCAAAACUGAUUGCACAAAAAUGCCAAGUCCGAAACUGUCCCCAUUUCAAGAAUGCUGUGAGUGGAUCAGAAUGUCUAUUGGCCAUGGUUGAAGAGGGAAAUCCUCAUCACUAUUUUGUGGCAACACAGGAUCAGAAUUUGUCUAUGAAAGUAAAGAAAAAGCCUGGAGUUCCUCUCAUGUUUAUUAUUCAGAACACUAUAGUCUUGGACAAACCUUCUCCCAAAACAGUUGCCUUUGUUAAAGCAGUAGAGUCAGGUCAGCUUGUCUCAGUGCAUGAGAAACAAAGUAUCAAGCAACUCAAAGAAGAACAAGGUUUAGUGAAAAACCAGGAACAGAGAAGAAGAAAAAAACGCAAGAAAAUAAGUGGCCCUAAUCCUCUUAGCUGUUUGAAGAAAAAGAAGAAAACACAGGACCCAGAAUCAUCUGCCUCUGAAAAGAAAAGAAAAAGAAAAAGAAUCCGGAACAGAUCUACCUCAAAAGUACUUUCUGAAAAGCAGAACAAUAAUGAAUGAAUUCUUUGAGUACUUUUAAAGACAUUAAAAUAUGAAAAACAAAUUUCUUUUUAAAACUUAUAGAAGUACUUACAGUAAAAGACUGUGAUUUUUAUAAAUACUGACCCAUAAGCCUUCACCUAAAAUUUGUUAAAGAAAGAAAGGAAAGGGAAAAAAAGAAAAAAGAAAAACAAACCAGAGUAGAUGGGUUUAGGCAUUUUUUUUUUUUAAGAUUUUAUUUAUUUAUUUGACAGAGAGAAAUCACAAGUAGGCAGAGCAGCAGAUGAGGGUGGCGGGGUGGAGGAAAUAGGCUCCCCACUGAGCAGAGAGCCUGAUGCAGGGCUCGAUCCCAGGACCCUGAGAUCAUGACCUGAGCCAAAGGCAGAGGCUUAACCCACUGAGCCACCCAGGUACCCCUGGAGAUUAUUUUUUGAUGUGUAAAACUGUUGUCUCUUUCUGUCUCACCAUUGCCCCUACCCCCCAACAUUAUAUGCAAAUAGUGUCAAAAAUCAGUCAUACAAAACCUUUGUGACAAGAGGUUGUGUCCUUUCACAUUCAUAGAGGAAAAUUCUUUAUUCAUUUAGCAGUUGUAGAAUUUAUAGUUCUAAAUAAUAUGAAUAUACUGCUACCUUUUGGUUCAUCAGUUACUUGACUUUGUACUAGAAAGUGGAAAUUUUGUUUACUUGUAUGACUCCUCCAU